AUGUGUCCCAAAGCAUUGCAGCAUCAUCACACGGUUCAGCUCAGGAAACUGGUGUUCCCCGAGUCGAGAUCUUCAUUUCCGACCGCCGGUGAGUCCCACAAGGAACGUCUAAACGGCAUGUCGAGCAAGUCGGGCAGCGUCGAUCAAGAGUACACACAAGCUCUGAGGACCAGGUCCUACGAGGAUAUGUGCACUAAAGUCCAAUUCCAGAUUGGCAGAACAAGCAUUCGCAGAUCGCUUUCCUCUCCUUCUCCGUCUACCGACGCCCGUUGCAUGGUGCACCUCUCGGAAUCGCUCCUUGAGCCCGGGCAGGAAACCCUCGCGAGAAUGAUCAAGACCUUGAAUUUCCACCGUCUUCUCGUGGACUACUUCGAGGCGAGUUCGGAAGCAUUUGACAUGUGCGAGUUGCUCCUCCGGGGGAUCCAUCAGACCCGCACCAAUUACCAAAGGAUCAGAAGGGCAAUCAAGUUGGCAAAAUUGGUAUCUGAAGACACAAGUCAUGCAGAAGAGGAGAGCCGUCUGAUAUGCCUAGAGCUGUCUGCGUUCGCCUCGCAGACAAACCCCUUGUGGGCAAUCGCCCAGGUUCAGUUGCCAGGGAUGCACGAUGAUCACUGGGCAUUGUUUCGCGAGUUGAUGUCCAAGCGCAAGCAGAUGCGGAGGACAACGAAGCUGGCCAGGGCUUGCAAGAGGGUCGGAGGGCUCGGCCUGAUUGUUUCCUCCGGCCUGAUCUCAGCAGCUUCGCUGGUGUUCACAAGCUGCAGAAUUGGGAUGUGCAACAGGAAGGAGAAGUCCAUCCGGCCAUCUUCAUGUCCGGAGAAAAGCUCAUCGACUGAAGGAGUUGGCGCGCAGCUCGACAUCGCGGCGAAAGGGGUGUUCAUACUGAUCAACGACAUGGACACGGUAAGCAGGUGGGCCGGGAGAUUGCGCGAUGAGGUCGAGCACGGAAGAUCGAGGGCUGGGAUGGCGGUGAGGAAUUACACGAAGAAGGGUGAGAUGGUGAGGGAGGUUGUGAAGGAGUUUGAUGUGCACAACGCCUGCUUCUUGGAGCAGCUGGAGGAGCUUGAAGAGCAUAUAUACUUGUGCCUUCUCGCCAUGAACAGGUCAAGAAGGUUGGUUGUGGAAGAGAUCUUGAUCUCUCAGUCCAUGAGCUGAAUCAAAGUGGUCAAUGAUCAAUUUAUCUCACAAGUAAUUGCUUGUCAAAUUAGAUCUUUUUGUGGUAGCUGCCAUCUAAAAAUAAUAUUGGCACCGAAAUAAGCUUCAGUUUUCUCCUCCUUAAUUAACUAUGGUUGAGA